AUGUGUAAGUGCGUGUGCGUGUUAGGUCGGAGCGGACGUGUCUGGGUACAGAGCCACGGGUACAUUAUUGUCUUCGCCUUCGAGAGGAGACACGGGUACGAGGCCGCCCCAGGAAGGCUUUUUGGUUGUGGUUCUGAUGUUGUUGUGGUAGUUGCGGUUGGUGAGGUAGUUGUGGUUGAUAGGGUUGUAGUUGGUGGAGUGGUUGUACUCGUAGUUGUUGUGGGGGUAGUUGUGGUUGUUGCUGAGGUAGUACUGGAUGUGGUUGUAGAGGUAGUGGUGGUUGUAGUUGAUGGAGUGGUUGUACUACUGGUUGUUAUAGGGGUAGUUGUUGCAGAGGUAGUGGUAGGUGGAGAGGUGGUUGUGGUUGUUGUAGAGGUAGUUGUGGUGGUCGUAGGAGUAGUAGUGUUAGAUGGAGAGGUAGUUGUGGUUGUUGUAGUUGUAGUGGUAGGGGGGGGUAAGGUGGUUGUGGUUGUAGUGGUAGGUGGAGAGGUAGUUGUGGUAGGGGGUGAGGUGGUUGUUGUGGUGGUAGCUGUAGUGGUAGAGGAUGAGGUGGUAGUACUUGUAGUGGUAGGAGGUGAGGAAGUUGUGGUUGAUGUAGAGGUGGUUGCGGUAGUCGGAGAGGGAGUUGUAAAAGUAGUAGUGGUAGUCGUAGAAGGAGUUGCGGUUGUAGUUGUAGGUGGAGAAGCAGUCGUGGUUGUGGCAGAGGAAGCAGUAGGUGGCAUGGCAGCCGUGGUGAGCGCCGUCGAGGAGGCCGACUCCUCAGGGACAGACGAGACAGUGGAGAGGGAGAGAGACAUUUCUGUAGCCAUAGUUGUAGUUGGCAGGGUUGCUGUAGGGGAGGGCAGGGGCGCGGGCGGGGCUUGGCUUACCAUUGGGAUAACCCAGAAGAUGGGCUUGACCCCAUAUGACCUGGCAUAUUAUAUCCCGACCCCAUAUGGUGGUCAGAAUCUCCUUUAUUCACCUUAUCGUUAG